AUGUUUAGUGAUCCUGCAUUCUUUCGCUUAAUUCUGGCACAUCCAAAUCGACACAACUAUGAUUUGGGCUCGUUACAAUAUGUUGGUGUUGGCGCAACAUCUGUGCAGCCAGACUUCUUGCGCAUGCUUGAAACAGAACUUCACAUAGGUCGAACUGGUCAAGAAUAUGGUCUAACCGAGAGUGGCAAUUUUCUGACUAGUAGUCUCUAUGUCGAUCAUAAUGACAAUCGACGGCAUACAUCACUUGGCCGAUGUCUACCACAUAUUGAGCUCAAAAUCGUUAACAACGAUGGAACAACACUUCCAAUCGGAUCCGAAGGAGAAAUAUGGGCUCGUGGUUAUUCAAUCAUGCGUGGCUACUAUAAUGACCCUGAACAAACGAUAGAGGCUAUAAAUAAUAGUGGAUGGCUUCGAACAGGCGACAUAGCUACUAUGGAUGAAGAGGGAUACUUGUUCUUUGUCGGUCGAAAAAAGGACAUGAUUAUUCAAAGUGGUCUUAAUAUUUAUCCACUAGAAAUUGAGCGAGCUAUUUAUGAACAUCCAAGCGUAGCCGAAGUUCACGUGUUUGGCAUUCCCGAUCCUCUUAUGGACGAAGUCUAUCUUUGUCUUAUAUUUUCAUCGCUUGCCUGGAAUAAUAUAGGUCAUAUUCAUUGGGAACCUUGGAUACCACAGAUUUUUACACAUAUACUUCGAAGUUUUUCGCUUCCAAUUGGUAAAAUGCAAAUGUCUUUAGAAGAAUACAAUCCUAUUGUGUCAACUUCAACAAAAUGGAUCAUUGCGAUGAUAGGCAAUGGAAGUUCAUGUCUUCAAUACUUGCGAGAUCUAUUGAUUGCUAUGAAAAGUUUCUAUCAUCCAUCGAAUACGGGAGCAUUUCAAAAGGAUCUAGUCGAGUUUAUUCUAGGACUUGCUCAAAAUUUUGUCGAUCGAGUUCAUUUGGAACGCACAAGUCGUCCUGUUUGGUUCUUUGCACCACUAGAAUCAUAUCGACUCACUGAACAAGAUAUUACUGAUUUUGUCAAUUGUAUGAAAGACUAUGCAUUCAUUUCUAUUUUUAAUAAGGAUUAUACUGAAGAAGCAGCUAAAACUUGCAAAUAUCUUUCCAUACUUCGACCAGAAUUGAUUAUACCAUCAAUUGUUGAAAAACAUUUUUCGUCUAUUGAUAGUAUGAUUGAACCACAUCGUUUUACAUCAAUCAUGACUUGUUUAACGCAUAUUGCUCGUCAAAUAGUCCAACAAACAUCUGCUUAUUCUCAAGGACAAAUUUAUGUAUUACCAUUACUCAUGUCUGUGUUACCGGGUAUCGAUUUGAAUGAUUUGGAAAAAACAUCAGUUACAUUAGAAUUUCUUGAUACUAUUCUUAUGCUUAUUACAUGUGUUGAUUGUUCAUCAGCAGUGAACAUUCGAAAUGAUCUAACAGAAAAAAUUCGAGAAAAAGUGAUAGAUUUUGUUUCUGGUGUAUGUUUAUCAUCUCGAGCACGGGACAUUGCCUCUGGUCUCGUUCAAGCACUUGUCAAGGGAAAUCCAGUCGAAACACUCAAGUAUCUCAUGCCUAAAACAUGUGAAUCCAUCGAAAACAUAUUAAACCAUUCCGAAUCGACUAUAUUACUAACUGAUUACAAAGGUGAUAUUGAACUGACUUGGUAUUUAAUUCUCUUUGCAGAGCUUGUUCAUGCUCGUGGUGAUGCUCUCAUGAUCUAUAAACCAAUGAUAAUGUCUGUUUUUCGUCAAUGUAUUCAUUUCAUUAACAAGAAUUCAUACGAAACUAUUGCUCAUGCCGUUGAACAUUUACUCGAGUCACUUACUCAUGUAUAUCCGAUCGAUUAUCGACUAACGGUUGAAAAUAUUGAUGAACCAUUUGUUGACUUUUUGCCAAUUCGAGCUUGGGGACAAUAUGUUGAUUUCGAUAAACUUCAAGUUCAAUUUCAUAUUCCGAAUGAUGAUGAAAUUGAUUUUGCUUGUGAAUUUGUCAAUACAUUCAUAUAUCCUGAAUUAACCUUGUUGAAUGAAAAAGGUUUAAAAAUAUCGAACGAUGAACGAUUAAGAUCGCUCACUAUUAUUCAAUCUAUAGCCGUCGGGUGCUUUCGAAUGAUACCACGUAUCGAAAGCGAACAAAUACAAAAUCUGUAA